GUGAUGCGAAGAUACUUUGCUGUUUUAACACAACAUACAGAGCACCAGUGACAGGCAAGAAGCGAAGAACUCAAUACAAAGAAGAAAAAAAAUUAGAGAUGGAGACGGAGACGAGUAGCAAGGAGCUAGGGCUUAAACACCUAGGUUUCGUGAGAAUCGCAGCGAUCCACGUUCUCGUUAGCUUCACGAGUCUCUACGAUUACGCUAAGCAAAACUCCGGUCCUCUUAAAUCCGCCGUCGGUAAAGUAGAAGGAGCCGUCACCGCCGUCGUUACCCCUGUCUACAACAAAUUCAAGGAUGUUCCAGAUACUCUCCUCGUCUUUCUCGAUCACAAGGUCGGUGAAGUUUCGGUCAAGUUUGAUAAGCAUGCUCCUCCAAUGGCUAAGCAAGUGGUAACUCAAGCGAGUGUGUUGAUGAGCAAGGCAACAGAGAAGGCUCAAGGGUUUGUGAAAGAGGCUCGUACCGGUGGUCCUAAAGCUGCCUUUAACUAUGCUGCAACCGAGUACAAGUGUUUCCUUGUGACCAACUCAGUCAAAGCCUGGGCUAAACUCAACCAGUACAAACCAAUCCAUGCAGUGGGAGGCAAAGCUUUGCCCGUGGCUGCUCACUUCUCCGGAAUGUAUAACGAUUUGGUGACGGAUAUGACCCAGAUGGGUUACCCUGUGGUUGGUUAUUUUCCUUUGGUUCCUGUUGAUGACAUUGUUAAGGCUUAUGAAAAGGAAGACGCUGCAGGAAAGAAAGAAGAUGCUACUACUACUACCACUGAUGGGAAUAAAUCAUCGUCUGAUUCGGAUUCAGAUUAAAACGUUUGUUUGCGUUUGGAUUGUUGGGGUUUGGUAAAUGAUCUUAGGCCCUCUUUUUUAUUUUCUUGUACCGUUCUUAGUACGUGGACCAUAAGUGUUUUCGUUUCUUGGUUGUGUGAAAAUGUGAUGUUGUGUGUUUUCUAUC